GUAGGAUCCAAGCUUCACUCGGGGGUUAGGCGCGCCUCCUAACCAGGCACCCCUAAUCCUAAGGCCCCCUUGCUAGCUACGUCUGGAGGGCUGGGCGGGUUUGGGGCCGGUGGGGCGCGGGAUCCACCCGGUCUUCUCGACUAUUUGCAUAGCUGAGACCGCUCGUUUCCCCCGCCCCUUCGCCUCCACUCCUCUUCCCUCCUUCCCGCAUCCCCUCCACGCCUCAUCCCCUGUUCCCCGCUCCUCCCCAGCAGACCCUUCUUCUGGGACUCCCCCGGGGGGGCUCCCAGCUCCCGGGUUCUCCCCCCGCCGCUGAGCGCGGAGUCCGGAGACAUCCGGGGGAGGGGAGUCCUGGGCUGGGCCGGGCUGGGUAAGACGCCGGGGCACAGCCCAGCUCUAACAAAGGGAACUGGCUGCCUGCUGGCUGGGGCGCGGAGCGGGCGGAGCAGCCGCAGCUUCGGCAGCCGAGAACGCAGCGAGUGAGUAGGGCUGCGGAGGGCGGCGGCGUGGCCCGGGCCCCCUGGGAGGAGUGGAGCGAAAGGGCGCAAGACGCGAGUGGAGAGGCGGGGCCCCCGGCUCGCCUAGGGCUUAGAGUGUCCGUGUUCAGCACCCCUCAGCCCCCUUCGCCGCGCGGACCUUCCACCUUUUGGCUGGGGGCAUUUGUGUAUUAAUCUGGGCCGGAGGGCCGUCCUGGCUUCUCCCCAGCUCCACGAGCCCGAAGACCCACAACAAACCCACGUGCGCACGGCCCCAGGGAACCCCGCUGUCUCGAUUGCACCGUCAACAUGGGAGCGGCUUCAGAUCUCGCCUACUAGAUUUACAGAAGGAGAAACUGAGGGCUGCGGCGGGGGUGGGGGCACAGGCACCACAACAAACGCACGUGCGCCCUACCCUGGGAUCCUGGCGCACCGCAAACCUUUAGCAGCCGCCCUGCGGAACCCGGCCGUUGUCUCAGCUGCUGGGGAGGGUGCGGCGCCGGGGACGCCACUUGCUGGAGGAGGACGACAGACACGUUUAAAAGGCAGAGUAGAGUGAAUUGUGCAGAGACCUGCAGAGAGCAGCCCAGAGAGCAGCAGUGGCGUCUUGGACCACAGCUGAAAUGAAUUGGCCUACUUGAGCCCGCCCAAGCCCUGGGAUGAUCAUGAGGCAGUCCUGAGGUUUAAUGGGGCGCCCACCACCACCUUCCAACAAGAUGUGGGCACGAAGACCACCGUUCGUCUGAUGAACUCUCAGUUGGUCACCACAGAACAGCGCUUCCUCAAAGACAGUCUGUACGGUGAAGGAAUCCUAAUUGUGUGGGACCCGUCUAUUUACCAUUCAGACAUCCCAAAGUGGUACAAGAAUCCCGACUACCAUUUCUUCGAUAACUUUAAGAGCUAUCGUAAGCUGCAUCCUGAUCAGCCCUUUUACAUCCUGAAGCCCCAGAUGCCUUGGGAGCUGUGGGACAUCAUUCAAGAAAUCUCCCCAGAGGCCAUCCAGCCCAACCCCCCAUCCUCUGGGAUGCUUGGCAUCAUCAUCAUGAUGACGCUGUGUGACCAGGUGGAUGUUUAUGAGUUCCUCCCAUCCAAGCGCAAGACUGACGUGUGCUACUACUACCAGAAGUUCUUUGACAGCGCCUGCACCAUGGGUGCCUACCACCCGCUACUCUUUGAGAAGAACAUGGUGAAGCACCUCAACAGGGGCCCAGAUGAGGACAUCUACCUGCUUGGGAAAGCCACGCUGCCAGGCUUCCGGAGCAUUCACUGUGGAGCAUGAGCCUCCUGUUAGCCCCCUCGCCCUUCUCCACUGGGUAUUUUACAGCUGAGUGGUCCCAGUAAUCAGAGCCUGCCCUCUGGGCAGCAAGGGCCCUGGGGCUUCAGGACCCAAGGGCAGAUCUAGCCUACCCUUGUGCCGCAGAGGCGUGUGAGCCCAGAGUCUCCCUCUACACACCAUGUAUUCACGCUUCCUAUUCCUUCCAGAUGGGGUCCUCCCCACCUUCCACACAGAUAAAUGCAAGGUCCACCAUCCCCACCAGGGUAGCCAAAGCUGGGCUGCUUUCCCCACUGGAGUGCUGUUAUUCUCGCAAACCAGUGCUCUUAUAAUGCCUGAGAUCUGCACCUAGAUGCUGAUUUCAUGUUUUAAAGAAACUCCCAAAUUAUGACUGUGCCCAGUGCCUCUGGUGUGGGGGGGGGGGCAAGUAAGUGGCACUGGGCAUGGGAAACAUGCUCAGUUCCUCCAGAACAAAGCUGUUCCAAAGGCCUAUGCCCUGGGGGAGGCAGUGUUCCUCCUGAGCCUCUGUUUCCACAUCUGUAAAAUGGAUGAUGAACCUGCCAGGUGGUUUGGCGGCCCUUGGCCUGGAUGCUUGUGAGCAGAGGGUCUUGAUGAACCCACAACCCUCCCCAUGUGAAAGGAGAGGACAGAAAAUAAGGUAUGGUCCCCACCCUCAAGUUACUCACGGCUCAGUGCAUGUGACAGGUGGGAUGCAGUGUGCUGGGGGCCUGCAGGAGGGGUGGGCUUACUGUACUGCUGCCUCUGCCCCCAGGACAGGUAUAGGUCAUAGAAGGCUUCACAGACCUGGGGUUGGUGGAGUGGAUUUUAGAAGAGGAAAAACAGAGGCAGAGUUUUAAGAUUAGUUAUUGAAGAUGUGUUUUCCCGUCUUUCUUUGUUACCCAUAUUUAUUCUCUAAGAGCUACCUGAAUUCACAGGCUCAAGCUACUUUGGAAGAAGUGCCCUACUCAUGUCUGAGGCAGCAAGUGCAGCCCUGUGGCAGAUGCCAGGCAAGCCACAUGCCAAAAACUUGAUUUCCCCAGGCACACUUGGCCUAAGCCUAGCCUAUACAUGUGCACACUAUGGCCAAUCUUCCUUUUUGAUGGCCAGCCCUAUACCUCAUCCUGCCAUCUGUUUUUAGUCUUCCCCCCCUCAAAUUACUUUUAAGCAUUUUCCACCUUAAAAUAGCCUCAUCCAAUUUCUUUGAACAUAGUGGACCUUCUGUGAAGUCUCUCAGGGAGUGGGAUGUGGUUCUCUAGGAAUUAAAGGCACUCUCAGAGGUCAGGACCUUGGAGAGCAGAGCUGACCCUCACACCAUGUGUUCCAAAUGGCCAUGCCCUCCAGCCCCUCUGCAAGGUGGCAACACAAGUCUCCAGGCAGAGGCCUGCCCGCUGUUGUCUGUCUACACGCUCCCUGGAACAUUGUGCUAGGUCCCCUCCUCUGAUGGGGGGCCACACUGGACUGAAUCAGGCUUCUGGACUCCCAAAGCUAGUCCCACGCACUCCAGGGUCUUGAGUGUGUCUGAGCUCCAGACCAGCUGUGGUGGAGCUGGAGUACUCAAUUGGUGCCAAACCAUUGGCUCCCAUAGGCAGAAGAGCCCUGGAGUGAGAAGCCCUGGGUUUCAAACUGAUGCUCCCUGUUACUAGCUACACCACCAUGGGCAAAUUCUCCUGAGCCUCUGUUUCCACAUCUGUAAAAUGGGUGAUGAACCUGCCUCACAGGGCUGUCGUGAGGGUUACCUGGCAUGUCGCAGGUGCUUAGUACAUGCUGGAUUCCUCUCUUCCUUUACUAAAGGCCUGCUCUGUGCUCACACCUGGCAGGACCCUGCUCCAAAGGAGGCUGGAGAGAGAGCCUUGUCCUCAGGGAAGUAACUGUCUUACUGGGAGACAUCACUUACCCUACUUGGAACACCCUGGAAACCAUCUGAGGCAGUGGAGGGUAUAGAACAUGCCCCUCGCCACCUGCAGCUCAGGCCGGAUCUGCUCAGAGCACUUGGGCCACUGUUGGCUGUGUGGCAUGAGUCUUUUACACAUCUCUGGUUACACGAACUCCUGGUGACCUUUGGGUUCUGAGUACCGAGCACAAAGGGAGACGGCAUUCCAUCAGGAGACAGGUGCUGGGGUGACGCUAAGACUACACUGGGUAGAUGCUAGUUUUUAAUUGUUAUUAAGAUAAGGGAUUAAAUUAAUUUAAGUCAGAUUCUGAGGUCGACAGAACUUUUAAUUCUAUGCUUUCUCGAUAUGCAACUGGUAAAAUGCAAAUUAAGCUGGGGCUAUUGUUGUUAGUCUGGUUAAGAUGCUGAAUGUUUGUGACAGAUAAUUUCAAAAUUACAACUGAGUCCUUCAGAAAAGCUCCUGUCUCUAACAGGUUCUCUCUUUUCUAGCCAUCUGUUUCUUCUAUAUCAUGGGGUCCCUCAAGUGCUCCCAUCAAUCAAAUAAGCUAUUGCUACAGGUUUGGAGUUAAGGCAUCCAUCUCAAAUGUUUGCAAAAGGCCUAAACCAAUUCUGAAUUACCAAAUGAUUAUGUAAAAGUUUUAAAUAAAUAUUUUUUAGAAAA